CCUGAAGCUCUCGAACCACGCCUUGGUGACCCUGUAGACCUCACAGCGGGGACAUAGUCGGCUUUGUAGGAUGGGUGAGUCCCGGCCUCAGCUUCUGAUCACCUGCCCCAUCUCUGCUUCUCUCUCUGCUCCAACAGUGGCCAUCGUCUCAGAGGAUGACUUUCAUCAAAGCUCCAACUCCACCUACAGAACUGCAAGCAGCUCUCUCCGAGCUGACCAAGAAGCACUGCUUGAGAAGCUGCUGGACCGCCCGCCGCCCGGCCUGCAGAGGCCCAAGGACCGCUUCAGUGGUACCUACAUCAUCUUCUUCGGCUUGGGCAUCGGUGGCCUGCUGCCGUGGAACUUCUUUGUCACGGCCCAGGAGUACUGGAUAUUCAAACUCAGCAACCGUUCCAGCCCAGCCACAGUGGAGGAGCCUAAGGGCUCGGACAUCCUGAACUACUUUGAGAGCUACCUGGCCGUUGCCUCCACUGUACCCUCCGUGCUGUGCCUCCUGGUGAAUUUCCUGCUUGUCAACAGGGUUCCGAUUCAUGUCCGCGUGCUGGCCUCGCUGACUGUCAUGCUGGCCAUCUUUGUGGUGAUGACCAUGCUGGUAAAGGUGGACACCUCCUCCUGGACUCACAGCUUCUUCGCCGUCACCAUCGUCUGCAUGGCGAUCCUCAGCGGCACCUCCACCAUCUUCAAUAGCAGCGUCUUUGGCAUGACUGGUUCCUUCCCCAUGAGGAAUUCCCAGGCGCUGAUAUCAGGAGGAGCCAUGGGGGGCACCCUCAGUGCCGUGGCCUCGCUGGUGGACCUGGCGGGGGCCAGUGACGUGACGGACAGCACCCUGGCCUUCUUCCUGACGGCGGACGUCUUCCUGGUGCUCUGCAUCGGGCUCUACCUGCUGCUGCCGCGGCUGGACUACGCCAGGUACUAUAUGAGGCCUGUCUGGCCAGCUGUGUUUUCUGGUGAAGAGCAGCUGCCCCAGGACUUCCCCAAUCCCCCUUUGGUGGCCCCUGGAUCCAGCAACUCCCAGACACCACCCCUCCGCCCCAUCUUGAAGAAGACUGCCGGCCUGGGCUUCUGCAUCAUCUACCUCCUCUUCAUCACCAGCCUCGUCUUCCCCGCCAUCCUCAGCAACAUCGAGUCCCUCAGCAAGGGCUCGGGCUCGCCGUGGAGCACCAAGUUCUUUGUCCCCCUCACCACCUUCCUCCUGUACAACUUUGCUGACCUGUGCGGCCGGCAGAUCACAGCCUGGAUCCAGGUGCCAGGGCCCAGGAGCAAGGUGCUCCCCGGGCUUGUGCUCCUCCGGACCUGUCUCGUCCCCCUCUUUGUGUUCUGCAACUACCAGCCCCGUGUCCACCUGCACACGGUGGUCUUCCAGUCUGACAUGUACCCGGUGCUCUUCACCUCUCUGCUGGGGCUCAGCAACGGCUACCUCAGCACCCUGGCUCUCAUCUAUGGGCCCAAGAUCGUGCCCAGGGAGCUGGCCGAGGCCACUGGGGUGGUGAUGUCCUUUUACAUGUGCUUGGGCCUGGUGCUUGGCUCAGCGUGCUCUGCCCUGCUCGUGCACCUCAUCUAGGAGGGACGGUGGCUAGACCUCAGUGCUGUGCGAUGCCUGGGAGCCUCAGCAAGAUGGGCAGGAAGUGCCAGGAGGGCCCAGGCGGCGAGCAGGAAGGGCUGGAGUUGGGCUCUGCAGAGCACAGAUCACACCCGGGCCUCGUUGCUGCCAGGGAGCUGGGACCAGUGCUGUCGCCGGGACCGGGUAGACAUUCCAGAUACUUUGACAGAUGUCCUGAGAUGUUUUGAGGACCAAAGACACCUGAAUAAGACACAGUUACAAGUUACACAGAAAGCUCCUGGCCGAUGGGUACUUUCUGCCUGUUGUUAUUCCCUCUUGGAGAAGGUGUUGCCAGUGUUCGGCUCUUGAGUUGUUACAGGGUGAGUGCCAAGACCGUCUACAGGCCCUUUGCCUUCUCCCAGCCUUGCUCCUUCCAGCUGAUGGCAAGAUGCGAGACUCCUUAGCCCUCCCUACCCGGAGGAGGUCCCCCUGGGGUGCCCAGUCCUCAGGCCUAAGACCCAAGCCUGUGCAGACCUCCACUUUCCACCAACCAGACUGGGAACCCCGGGAAGACAGGCCUUCCAGGAGCCCUUCCUUCCCUGGACAUGGGCUCCAGAGGGCCUCCCUGCUGUACCCAGGACCAAGCAUGUCAGGCCUGGAUUUCAAACAGGGAUGCUUAAAGUGGUCUAUGGCCUGGGUCAGGGCAGGGUUUAGUGUCCAUGUUUACAGCAUGUCAAGGCCAUUGGUUCAAGGGCCUAAUAAAUACCUGGGUAUUUAA